CACUUUAACUUUAUGCAUAUUAGCUAGUCAGCGCAUGCGCAGUCAUUCUACCUUAUGUAAACAUCCACAAUAUUUUUACUGUCUUUAAAGGGAUGUUUUAUAUGCUUGUGCGUUAUAAAUAACGAUCUAUGAACGACUAUACCAACAUUAUAGCAGCACCAAGGAUAUACAGCGUAGGAUUCCAUAGUUAAAGGUGUAUAUUUUGAGCAACAGACAAGACUGUUCCAAACAUUUGUAUAUAUUUGUCCGAACACAGCUUCUAACACAUGGCGUCAACACCUAAGAGGAGAAGGAGGAGCAAAGGAGCAUCGGCCCAGAACAGCGAUGGUAAUCAGAUUCCGCCCACUGCAGGAAUGCCGCAGAGGGACCAAGAUGACAUGAUUAAAUCAUGCAUGGCUGCCAUUCUGCCAACCAUUGAGGACACCUUUUAAAUGAUGUAUGGCGGAUUACCACAACAGGAGCAGUCAAACAACUGGACAAACAUCUGCCACAGAAACGCAGCCUGAGCAGCCAUCACAACCGAAACCCUCGGAACCAGUCUCGUCAGAGUCAGUCUCUUUGGAGUCAGUAUCGCCCAACCCUCCACUCUUUGAGGAAAUCACGACGCAAGAUACAAACACAUUAACCCAACCUACUAAAGAGGGGGACCCACACCCAGCAACCGGCCUGACAUUGGGGGUUGAAGUAAAGAUAAGGGCAAAAAUUCAUGCCAACGAGUUUGUAAAAUUUUCUACUCUAUUGCCGAAAGACCUCGAUUAUAAGGAAACUGAAAAGUUUAAGUCAGUAGACAAAGAUGGGCAGUUAAUCUUCGUUAAAUCAAAUGACAAAGGCCCGCUGAAAACAAUUCACAAAUGGGUGGAGGCUUUCCACAUAUUCGUCGCGAUCUAUGCAGAAAAAUCCCCCCUGGAAAUCAGCAAACUGAUGACAUAUGCACAAACAGUGCAAAAAAUUGCGGAUUCUUGCGGGGACCAAGCGGCCUUACUCUAUGACGAAAAAUUUCGGCGUUGGCGUGAAAAGGAACCCUCCUCAUGUGACUGGGACAAGAAAAAUAUAGAGUUGUAUCAGGAGGCAUUAGUUUCUGGGUUAGACUUUAAACUAAAAAACAAAAAGCAGCCCUUUCGUGCCCAACCUAAGCAGCGUAACUACUGCUAUUCCUACAACAAUCUCGGCUCGUGCAACAAAAUCAACUGCCCCCACCAGCACAUCUGUCAGUACUAUUCGGGAAAGCACCCUCGCCAACAGUGCUACAAUCGUUCAAAACUAGGUUUUUCAAAACAAAAUGCUAAAAAACCUACAAGCACAUCCAACAAACCAGCACCCUUGUCUAAGUAAAAAGGAUAAAACCAUCAUAACACCGAUUAGAGUUGAUAAACUGUCUAGUUAUCUUGAGGGCUACGAUUCAGCUUUGACUUCAUUUCUAAUACAAGGGUUUACUUUCGGUUUUAAAAUUCCAUAUCAGGGUCAGCGUGCAUUUCGGAUAUCGAAAAACCUCUCGUCUCUUAAGGGUAAUGAUGAAAUUCUUCAUAGUAAGCUCAUAAGUGAACUGAGCGCAAACCGUAUCGCUGGACCUUAUCUGAGCCCUCCAUUUCCAAAUAUUCAGAUAUCACCUUUAGGAUUGGUGCCCAAAAAAGCAGCUGGGGAAUUUCGAUUGAUCCAUCAUUUAUCUUACCCUGAAGGAGAUUCGAUUAACCAUAACAUUCCUAAAGAGUACUGUACAGUUCAAUACCAGUCAGUAGACACCGCCGUCACAAUAAUCAAGCAAUUGGGAAGGGGUGCUUUGUUAGCCAAAACAGACCUUGAAAAUGCUUAUAAACAGAUCCCUAUUCACCCGGAUGACUUUGAACUGUUAGGUUUCAUGGUGGACAACAAGUAUUAUUUCGACAAAACCUUACCCUUUGGCCUAAGUUAUUCUUGUAACCUUUUUGAGAAAUUCAGCUCAGCCCUUCAAUGGAUCCUUGAAUCAAAAUUUUCGGUUUUGCAUUGUGUACACAUCUUGGACGAUUUUCUUUUCAUAAGUCCAUCUAACU